AUGUCCAUGGGCGGCUCCGGGGACCUUCUGCGCGGGGUCACGGUGCCUCAGUAUGCCUUCGCGGGCGGCCAGGCGACACUAAGCUGCUCCUACGACCUCCGCAACCGCCGCCUCUACUCCCUCAAGUGGUAUCACAACGGGACCGAGUUCUACCGAUACGUCCCCACGGAGAGGCAGGGACCCACGACCUCCAAGACUCCUCAUAAGUUUGCUGUCAAUGAGCUGUUUCGGGACGACCAGCGUGUGACCCUCUCCCUGACGCGCCUGGCCGUGGCAGCGUCGGGGCAGUACCGCUGUGAGGUCAUCGCCGAGCACCCGAGCUUCAGGACGGAGUGGUUCGGUGCCAACAUGACCGUGCUGCGAGAGCCGCUGUCCGCCCCGGUGCUGGUGGGAGCCCGGGAUGUGUAUGAGCCUUCGGAAAUCAUCAAGAUCGGUUGCCAGCCCUCGAACCGCCCCGCCCUGGACCACCAUACACAGCCGACCCUGCAAUGGUUUCUUCAGGGCAAUCAGGUGGCGUCGGAUCUGGUUACGCCCUACGGCAGCGCCCUUCAGCGGGGAGUGUCUGGACUGUCUCUGCGCGUGCCUGGAGAGCAAGUCGUGUCGGCGGGCGGGCAGAUGGUCGCGGAGUGUCGUCUUACCCUCGGCCCUCAUCGCUACACCUCCAACACGACUCUCAAGGUUCGCCCCGUCUCCACGACCUACCACGACUACCACGCAUCAGGAUCUCGCCACGCAGAGAGCACCAGCAGGUCAGCCCACAGCCUCCGCCUCAGCCUGGCCGCCUCCCUGGGAACAGCCGCCCUCCUGGUGCUGCCGCUGCUGUAGCCCGCGCCUCCUCAGCACUGCCUUGUCCCUGCAUUAGUCUUGAGUCUCGCUGUGUGUGUGUGUGUGUGCUGCCCUGUAAAUUUUCAGAUGAGGUAGGCAGUCUGUAGGAGGAACACCCCCCACGGCCGCCUGUAUGUUGCAGCCGCUGAUGUAAACAAGCUAACACUGGGACCAAUCAACAAGCUACCCCAUGCCAAGGCACUAACUAGAUGACGUCAUUCUUGGCGACAACCAUUUGUACAUCACCAAAUUCUGGAAUCAACACUUCCUUGGAUGGAGGAGAGGGUCACGCAGCAGCACUCAUCAUUGUCUCGUGCUGUGUAGUGCAGAAGUCCCCAUUACUCUUUAUAUAGUUGACGAGACUAAAGGCAAUUCAACAAAAACCUAAACAUCACAGCCCAUGAGUAUAUGUAAAGAGUAUAGUAAUAAGGUCUUAAGAACCCAGGGCAUCUUGUGCUGUGUAGUGCUGGACAUCCCUACUACUCUCUGUAUAAUCCACAAGGCUAAAAGCAGUUCAACGAAAAACUAAACAUCACAGCCCAUAAGAAUAGCAUGCAAAGUAAAAUAUUAACUAUAAGCCCCUAAAACCCCAUUUGGCAAGGGGGGCACCUCUUCAGCUGAGUGGUAGAGCGGUGGCUUCUCAUCCAGCGGGUCGCGGGUUGUUAAUGAUGGAAAACUAGUCCACCAAUGUAGUGUGGGACUUGCUUUCCAACAUUACUUAAAUGACGUCACAAAACACGAGAAAUUGAUGUGGUCUGGAAAGGGUAAAAUUGGGACUUGCAAUGUCAACGAUUGAACCCAUGACCAGCCAAAUGGGAAGCCUCCACUCUUCCACCCAGCUAAAGAGAUGUCCUCCCAGCAAAGUGGAUUCUCAAGGGGUUUUCUACAUCGAGGGUCACUACCAGCGUUGCCAGAUUGUCGUACUUAGCCUUUCAUGUUUGCUGAUUUCCAACUCAAAAGCUGUGUCCUCAACCCCAAUAACUAGCUCCAUGUACAGUUAUUGUUAAACUGGUUGAUUACUGGUGUCUUGGCAAUAGUUAUGGGUCAGGAACCGUUAAAUACAGCACUCUGAGUACGAUAAUCUAGCAACGAUGGUCACUACACAGUCAACUUCAACCCCAAUAACUAGCUCCAUGUACAGUUAUUGUUAAACUGGUUGAUUACUGGUGUCUUGGCAAUAGUUAUGGGUCAGGAACCGGUAAAUACAGUACUCUGAGUACGAUAAUCUAGCAACGAUGGUCACUACACAGUCAACUUCAACACCACUACACAGCAUAGACCACUGCAGCUCCUCAACAUUCUCCUCCAUCCAAGGGGCUUCCAACACCUCCGAUUGAUAACUUCUGACCAUUGUUGUGAAGCCAUGGAAACAUAUAAUGAUGUGAACAUAUCUUAAAGGACUUAUCGAGAAGCACUUGGCUCCUAAUUUGGUUUAAUAGUCGACAAAUUACUUAUAAGGUAGGAGCAACUGUGCUAUAAAGUUCCUGUCAAAUUGGUUGGGUAAAUACUUGGUUUGUUAUGACCUGGUCACUGAUUCUGCCGAGGCACUGAAUGUAAACUAACUAACCAUCUUUUUGUGAUUUAGACUUAGCUCUGGGAGGGUCAUUCUUAGUGUUUGGGUUAUGUGUGUAUGUGUGAGUGUGUGCGUGAGUGUGUACAACUCCUAUAGACUCCUCAAUGUAAUAUAUAUGUAUCAAAGAAGAUGUGGAGUUUGAAUUUUAACCUUAAGCGAUACCACCUACCCAAUGACUGCUACCCCACCCCAUCCAAAGAAGAUGUGGAGUUUGAAUUUUAACCUUAAGCGAUACCACCUACCCAAUGAUUGCUACACCCCCCUACCCCAUCCCAUUGCCCUCCCUGACAUUUGAGGACACACUUACAUUGGGCUCUGUGUGCUAAAAAUGGAAGCAAGAAGUGAUGUGGCUCCUGUACAUUAUAAGAGGCUAAAGUCAAAUGAGUACCUUUGCUAUGAAUAAAUUUUGCACUGACAACUAAAUCAUAAAAGAUCUCAAAAAGGUCUAAAUCUAAAGAGUAAAAACUUAACUAUGUAUAGAAAAUAAACCUUACCUAUAAUAUAAUCAAUUAAUACAUCAUAAUAAAAAUAACAUGAAACUAUAUUGUCUCGAAAAAGGUCUUAAUUAUGCCCAUUGAAAGAGGAACAACACUCCAAUCAGCUGAGCCUCUGGAAGUGAAUACAAGCUGAGCAAGAUACAAGUUACAAGGCUUCUUUGGUGGGACAAGGAUAUUAUGUGUACUUGCUAACCUCCCUGACCGCUGAAACGAUGCUAACCUCCCUGACCGCUGAAACGAGCACUAAAGACGCUCACGUGAUCUGUAAACUUCCAUACAUAACACACGAGUAUC